AUGAUGAGCUUAUCAAGUCUGCAGCAGGAUAAGAAAUUGAGGGACGACGUUAUGAAGGGUUAUGAUGAGAGUGCUGCUGCGAUCUCUGCCACAGUUAGUGAUGACAACAAAAUCAUAGUGUCACUCCAACCAUCUGACGUGACUAAUGGAUCCUCUCUGUACUAUGUGAAAAUAACACAGUCUGUUAACCUGACCAAUUAUAAACUCCAGUUCAAAGACUUCAACAGUACACUCCCUCCUCCUGUGGUCUUCAAUGCUUCUUACCAUGGGAUCUACUACUUAGUGACCCUCCUGACUGGAAGCUCAAAAUCAACUGUUAAGCCGGUACAUUUAGUUGCUGUACUAACAAAACCACUCCCAGUCAACAGUGUGGCUAUAUAUGACUACAAGCAAUCCCCGCAAACUGGAGUCUUGUUUGACAUUCAAUACCCAAAACAGACUACCAAUUUUUUCUCAAGAUUAAAAUUAAGCUACUUUGAAGGCAAUUACUAUCGAUCAUCACUCCAUAAAGAUUUUCUGAAAGGCAAGUUGAUUUUCAACACUUGGCUUCCUGGAACAUGCUACAGUAACAUUACAUUCCAACUGGUGGCAGAGGCUAAUGUCAACCGAGUUCCUUUAAUGGAGUACAGUGCUGUUGGGCAUGAGCCAAAACAUCACCGAACAGUUCCCUACCCCCCCAGCAAUGUGUUGAUGAAGAUCAUGUACGGAAGAAGUCAAUCUGUCGGUGGAAUUCAUGCUGGCCAUGAGCAUUUUCUUCUCAACACUAAUAAAACUGUUGACGAGGGAAGUAACGCAAUUGAUAUUGAGGCCAAUGACCUCGCAGCAAACCAGUCAGUCGGCUGGGGAGAUUAUAAAUUGACCAAUGAAGAUGGCAAGAGAAUGAUCACUAAUUGGGCACUGGAGUUCCAACCAGACAGCAAAGAGAUUUCAGCAAGCGGAUAUGAUUAUUUAGAUAUAAUGAAUGCCCCUGAAGAAGAUCCACAAAAUAUUAUUUAUACAACCACAGAGCCUGCGCACUCUGUCACCAAUCCGGAGACUGUUUGGCUUGUGCUCGAAUGGUUCCCUCCAAAGCCAUAUACAGCUUAUGAUGGCUUCAACAUUUACAUCCAAAGGGAAGGGAACCCUGCUGAAGUUUUCACAGUAGAAAAUAACAGUUAUGUUUUUGAGCUGGAACUCCGAGAGGCCGGGAAGUACAAUGUCAAUGUAACAACAGUCAGCUCCUUUGGAAUCUGCCAAACUAGAGAGAGUUCAUCCAAGAAAGCCUUGACCUUUUACCUAAGUCCUUCUGGGAAGUGGUUUAAGGAGGUCACUGAAAGUCCUCAGAAUGUUGUCGUGAAGGUGCUGAACUCUAUCACAGCCCUUGUAUCUUGGACCCACUCGCAAGAAAACAACUAUGAUAGUAUUGUGUCGAUUGUAUCUCUCUCUUGUCAACAGCAAUUAGAGGGCCGAAGAAUUGAAUCCCUUUAUUGCUCCAAGGUAAAUCUGAGCAGUAACAUCAUUGAAAACCUAAUGCCUGGAGCAUAUUACCAGGUUGUGGUCUACUUGAAAAAUGGGCCUGCUGUCGGUCCUCCUUCUCUCCCACUUACAUUUGGUUUGAACCCAUCAGGAGUGAAGAACCUGAUAUUAUACCCUUUGGGCCCCACAGCUGUAGUGUUGAGCUGGAGCAGACCUUACUCUGUGGUGUUUAAAAAGUAUGUUGUGGAAAUGUACCAUCAUGAUCCAGUGAACCAAAACUCAAAAUGGAAAACCAUUCAAGAUAUUCCAUUCACAAUUGCCUUAACAACCUCAAUGACUGUUACUGACCUGCGACCAGCCUCACGAUAUGAGUUCCGUGUUACUAUGGUGUCCUGGGGAGAGCCUGAAAACAGUUGCUGUGACAGAUCUUUGACAAGCUAUAUAACAGCACCACUGGCUCCAGAGAUUACUUGGCUGGAAUAUUCUAAGAACAUACUCUCUGUUAGCUGGACUUAUGGUGAUGCUACAACUGGAUCAUCCAACUCAACCCUACCUUACUGGCUGGUUGUAGCUGUUGGACGAAGAAUCAUUAAAAAAAGUGUGCCACAUAGCAAAAUGACAACACUACUUCAACUGCCUCCAGGAGACAUAUACAACCUAACUGUUGUAGCCUACACAGAAGGAAGCAGCAACACCUCAGCUCCACGAAUAAUUCAACUCCAGCCAGCUUCCCCGAAGUCACUCUUUGCUGUUAACAAGACUCAAACAUCUGUGACACUCCUGUGGGUAGAGGAAGGGGUCAUUGAUCAUUACCAGGUCACAUGCAAACAGGUUGGAACAAGAGAUGAAGGAAAGGUUGCCUCACAAAAAGAAGAGGCCACAGUUUACUCACCCAUUGUUACACUCACCAAUCUAGUGCCAUCAACCUCCUACAACUGCAGCGUGACCAGUGUCAGUUAUGAACGUUACAGUGCUCCAGUUUUCAUCACGAUCUCAACAACAGUUACAGAAGUGAAUUCGAACAUGGUGGUGAUCUCUGCCCUUGCGAUCUUGAGUAUACUGCUUAUAGGACUGCUACUGAUCACACUCUUUGUUCUGAGACGGAAGCACUUGCAGCAUGCCAGGAAUUGUGGAGCAGGAAUAUUUGUCAAUUUUGCCACUUUGGAGAGGGAUGGAAAGUUGCCAUUUAACUGGCGUAGAAGUAUUUUUGCUGUUCUUGCACUGCUCCCAUCAUGCCUUUGGACUGACUAUCUUUUGGCCUUUGGUAUUAACCCUUGGAAUAAAUAUGCACUAAAGAAGAGGAAACUAGCCAACCCUGUUCAGCUGGAUGAUUUUGAAUUAUAUCUCAAGGAUAUGGGUAGAGACUCUGAUUACAAAUUCUCUCUGCAGUUUGAGGAUCUAAAGCUGGUUGGUCAGGAUAUACCCCAUGAUGCAGCUGAACUACCAGUAAAUCGAUGUAAAAACCGUUACACUAACAUCCUGCCAUAUGACUUCAGCCGAGUGAAAUUAAUUUCCCUGCACGGUGAAGAGGGCUCAGACUACAUCAAUGCUAACUAUGUCCCUGGGUUUAACUCUGCACAUGAGUACAUUGCAACGCAAGGACCCUUGGCAGAGACAAGAAAUGAUUUUUGGAAGAUGAUAAUGCAGCAGAAAUCAUGCAUCAUCGUGAUGCUUACACAGUGUACUGAGAGGAGACGGGUAAAAUGUGACCAUUAUUGGCCUUUUAAUGAACAGCCUAUUGGUUAUGGAGACAUCUCUGUGGAAAUGGUCUUUGAAUCUGAGCAGCCUGAUCAGUCAGAGGAGUCACAUCAGUCUGAAUGGAUCAUUAGGGAAUUCAAUGUCAGCUAUGCUGAUGAAAUUCAGAGAGUGGUUCACUAUAAUUAUGUGGCUUGGCCCGAUCACGGUGUCCCUACCGGUAGCACAGCAGAGAACGUCCUACAGUUUGUACGAUUGGUCAGGCAGGAGACAAUGGAGAGACCUGGCCCCAUAGUUGUGCACUGCAGUGCUGGUGUGGGAAGAACAGGAACCUUUAUAGCUCUUGACCGCCUUAUGCAGCACAUCCUUGAGCACGAGUAUGUAGAUAUCCUGGGCCUGGUGGCUGAAAUGCGUACUUACAGGACAUCAAUGGUUCAGACAGAGGAGCAAUAUAUUUUCAUUCACCGAUGUGUGCAGCUGAUGUGGAAAAAGAGAAAGCAACAGUACAGCAACAGCGAUGUGAUAUAUGAGAAUUCUAGACCAUCCCAGCUAUAAGACCUGCAGGAUUCCAAACCUUACAGCGCACUUCUUUACCCCAAACUUCAGGUAUUCUGUGCUUGACUCUGACCACAGGGGAUCAGUAUUAGCAACGGAGAGAAAACACAAGAAACAAACGCUCUGGAACAAUGCCUUAAAGUACCUGUAGUGUCUUUGGACUGUUUCCACCAGUGAAAAUUCAGUGUGGGACCAAAUUCAUUUGAAAAGUUUUAAUGUAGGUACAAGCAACAACUGCAUAAGGAAGAAAGAAAGAAGUGUAUUGCAUUCCAUUGCUCUUGUUUGGUUAAUGCACCAUUUUACAAAGAUAAUCCUUCACUAAAAGUUUGCUUUCCUGGCAUCUUCUAGCCUUUUUUAUACAAGCCAAAAAAAAGAAAACACACUUUGAAUGAUAAAAACUGUGAAGUGACUGAGGAAUUCGUGGGGAUAAAGUUUUAAAAAAUUAUUGUAUUUAUGCAAUAUUAAAGAACAUUUGCAUCAGAGGUAGUUGAAUAAGAGGAUUUAUCUGGCAUUGCAGAUGUGAGAAAUAUUCCUCAAUAAUGCACAUACUGUUGAUUAUUAUUGAUGUUGUGUAAUGCAUUGAUGUGUCUUGACAGUUUUUGUGGUGCUGCAAUGAGGUAAAGUUAAGUUUUAUAUUGCGUUAUUAUAAUUUUUUUCCAACGUCUACACACACUGCCCUUUUGACUGCUGAAUUUUCCUGGCUCUGAAAUAUCACAUGACUGAUGCACAUAAAAUUGGGGCUCUGAAUAUAAAUGGGAUGAGGACAAAAUCUCUUGAAUACUUGAAUAGAUUUAAAUCAUGCAAAAUAUUUUAUAUUUUUCAAAAAGUACAAAAAUGCUAUAAGUUUAGCUGAUGAUUUGUCGCAGGAUAUUUAUUCCCCCCCCCCCCACCCUGCUAAAAAUAAAAGUUACACAGGACAGUUGGGUGUAAGAUUCAGCACAAGCCAUUGAUUGCUGUUGAACCGCAAUCCUACAGUAGAAAGCAAACCUUAUAUCUCAAAGCAGACCUGUUAAAAUAAUUACAAGUUCAGUGUUGGGAUCGUCUGUGGAGCACCAGUAAUUAUCGGGAUACUAGCUGCUCACAGGACUUGGGUUUGCACCAUUUUAAAAGGCAUAUUUAAAAAGCAGCACAAGUUAGAACUCUUAUUGGAAACAAAUUAUGGACAAAAUUCACACUCGUCACAUUGUUUAAAAGUAAGAUAGUACCACAUAGCAAAUCUCUAGUCUUAAGCCACCAUGGUUAAGAAGCAAGAUAUAUAUAAAUACAUCUUAGGAAUAGCUUGUGAAGUACUCCAGAUUAACCCUGAAAUGUUAUAACCAGAUAUUGCACAACUUUUGGUUGAAUUAUUGCUAUAUUAUAUAAUGCCUUGUCAACACAAACUUGAAGUAUUAAGUUUUCAACGAGGUAGAAGAGAAUAAUUAUUUCAUGUGGACAAACCUGUGAUCUCCUGUUGUUCAGACUAAAACCAGAAAUGCACCAUUACACAAAUAUACCAAAAGUAACAAGCUACAUUUGACGUGCUGGGUUUAAAUGAAGAUUCAGAAAAAAAAGGUGCAACACUUGUUCGGCUGUUUGUCACUUUUGUACCAUUCGUAAGAAAUCAUAUUUGUACAUGAAAUCUUUGUAUUAUACAGUUUCUCUAAUUUAUUUUUUGGUGGCUUGCUGUAGUAUAGAUUUUUCAGCUUUGAAUUGUACCAGUACUUGGAAUGCACCAAUAUAAGAAAACCUAUCUAACAAUAAAUCAUUCAUUUGCA